UCCAAACAGUAUCCGGAAACAGCUGGUGCGAGUUUUACGUGAAAAGCUUGUGUGAACAGUGUGCGGGUGGUGUGCAGGAGAAAAAAAAAAAGAUCUGCUGGUGGCGUUCUUGAAGAACUAAAGCAAAUCGCCGCCCACAAUGAAGUUCAUCACGUACGUGUCGGACGCAGUGACAGACAACUUCAUUACGCGGUAUGUGCGCGGCUACGCGCACGGAUCGCCGUCCCCUGCAAGCUCUCCGCACGAACUCUCGAAGCCGCCCUCGUGGGCGUGUCAGCUCGUCAAGAGUGGCGGUGGCUUCGUGCGACUUGCGGGACUGUCAGGCGCACUAGCCGUCGCCCUUGGUGCUUACGGCGCACACGCCCUGUUCAAGCGAGACGACGUACCAGAAGAGCUAAAGGAGGCAUACGACCGUGCCAACCACUACCACUUCUUGCACACGCUGGCACUGCUGGGUGUCCCGCUGACAAGACGUCCAGCACUGGUGGGCAGCCUCCUCUUGUUGGGCAUGGGCCUCUUUUGCGGCUCGUGUUAUGCAUAUGCCCUGACAGGCAACCCUUCUGUCAAGUACGGUGCCCCCUUCGGUGGCACUGUGCUCAUCCUGGCCUGGCUGUGCAUCCUCUUGUGAUGAAAAUAAAAGUGCAUGAAACAGA